UAGCAGCUGUGUGUGAGCCUCUGAGAUCAGUCACUGCACUGCUGGGAAAUAAGUUCACCUUUUAAGCAACUGCAGCAUGCAUCUUAGCUCCUGCUGGACAGUUAUUGGACAGUCUGCAAAAAGCAAGCAUCAAAAAGAACCAGGGGAAAACAAAAUCAAGCCUAUCAACAAAAAAGUAAAACCCAAGGGCUUAAAAAUGAAGGAAAGGGAACCAGUCGACUCUUCCUCCAAGUCCCAGUCCAUACUGAUGCAGGUGAUGGAUAAAGGCCGUUUCCAGAAACUGACUGCCACUUUAAGCCUGUCUGCUGGACAAAGCGUAGAACUGCGAUGUAAGGGGAGUAAUGUGACUUGGAGCUAUCCUUCAUACUUGGACACCUUUAAAGACUCCAGACUCAGUAUAAAGCAGUUGGACAGGUAUGGUCAGCUGAUCCUUACAAACUCCACUGCAGCAGACACAGGUGAAUAUAGCUGCUGGCUUCAGCCAUGCAAUGGUAACAAAUGCAGGAAGGAUGAGACAAAAACAGGUUCAACGUACAUCUUCUUCACAGAUAAAGAAGAACUUUUUGUACCUACUCCCAGUUAUUUUGAGAUUGUCUACCUGAACCCAGAUAAACCUGCUGUCAUCCCAUGCCGUGUCACUACUCCUUCAGCAAAAGUUACUCUACACAGGGAAUUUCCAGCAGAAGAAAUUGAAACAGAUGAAACUAAUAUUAUUUAUGAUGCGAAGAAGGGCUUUGUCUACCAGCACCCUACUUCUGAUCAUAGAGGUAUUGUCUACUGCAAAGCAGAGUCGCAGGGAGCGCCUCAGAUUUCCAUCAAGUAUCACCUACUCUAUGUGGAAGUCCCCAAGGGCCCACCCUCAGCCACAAUUGUGGCAUCACCCAGUAGAGCCAAAGUCAGUGAUGGUAUCCACGUAGCCUGCACUGUCCUUGGGGAGCCAGAUGUAGAUGUGAACUUCAGCUGGCAGUACCCAGGGCAAGAGCUGGAGAGGCCUGUGAUCACACAGAAUUUCUGGAGACUGAUAAACAGAGGGACUGGACACACCACAAGAAUCUCAAAGAGUGUUCUCAUUAUUGAGGAUUUUGAAGCUAGAGAUGCUGGAAACUAUAUUUGCAUAGCUCAGAACCUACAAGGAGCAACAACAGUGGCAACUAGAGUUGAACUAAACUAAUGGAAAGGCUUCUGGACUCGUAAUGAAGUGUAUGUUGCUUUGCGUUUUAACCAUUUUGGGCUUUUUUUGUUAAUGUUUAUAUGAAAGUUUUCUCUAUUAUAUUCUUUUCCUAUGUCAGUACCUUCCACUUUCACUAGAAUGCCAGGCCAAAACUUGGUGCCUUACACCUGGCUGUAAUCAGUUGUGAGUUAGCAACGCGAUAGAUAUACUACUAAGUUUAAUACUAUAAAGCAUAAUCCACUUGAAGCCUGAACAUGCUUAUGGCUCAUUGUACUUGGAAAUAGAUGCUCUUGCAUUUUCCUUUGCAUGUGGCCUUUUUCCUCCAACUCUUUUACAGGAUUAACCUGCUGGAUGGUUUUGCCUUUUUCCUCUGUGAAAACUCAGAGGAUUUGUAACAUCUUCAGAAACCCAUCAGUGCAGGUGCAUCUCUUCUGGUGCUGUGCAAUAUAAAAUGUAGAAUACUGUACAUGUGUAAAACAAAAAAAGCAAAAAUCCACAAAAAAAAAUUCUGAUAGAACUAGCCCAUAGCAGUAUUUUUUAAAAACAAUUAAAUUUCUUAACAUUAUAGAACUCAGUGUGCGUGUCCAUUUCCUAUACAUAUAUAUAUAUAUAUAUAUAUGCAAAAUUCUCAGUCUUGGGAGAAGAUGAGUAAUAAAUGUUUUAUGUUACCAGAGAGUGUCUCCAGAGACUUGCAAAUGAGUGACUGUGGUAAAUGUUGCAUCCUUAGAGUUCAGUAUGUUGUUCAUUUGCACUGUAUUCUUCAACAGAUGUAGCAAUAUAGCAUUAUUAC